UAAAGAGGUAAUAAAGGAAAAAUAAGGUGGUGAAGAUGUCAAAAGUGUCUCUUGAUGGUAAAAUCACUGAAGAUGACAAAAGGCCACAGUGGGAUAAUAAAAUCCAAUACCUUUUAAGUUGCAUUGGAUUUGCUGUAGGCUUUGGAAAUGUAUGGCGUUUUCCAUACUUGUGCCAAACUUAUGGAGGAGGUGCGUUCUUGAUUCCAUAUGUCAUUGCACUUGUGUUUGAAGGAAUACCAAUAUUUCAUCUUGAACUAGCUAUUGGGCAGCUCUUAAGGAAAGGCAGCAUUGGAGUCUGGAAUCAUAUUUCACCCUACCUGGGAGGAAUUGGUUAUGCUUGCAUGAUGGUAUCGUUCAUAAUCAGCAUCUAUUAUAAUAUGAUUCUUGCCUGGGUGUUGUGGUACCUGGGAAACUCUUUCCAAGAUCCCUUGCCUUGGAGUAUCUGUCCACAAGACACCAGCAAACCGGAGCUCAUUGAAGAAUGUCAUAAAACCUCUAAAUCCACUUACUUCUGGUAUAGACACACACUGAACAUCAGCACAGGGAUCACACAGACUGGCCCUUUUCUUUGGUGGUUGGUCAUAUGUUUGGCCUUUUCCUGGAUUAUUGUUUACCUCUGUACAAUUCGAGGAAUUGAAUCGACUGGAAAGCUCAAAAUCCUAAAAAAUCCACGUGCAUGGCUUGAUGCAGCCACCCAGAUUUUCUUCUCCCUUUCUUUAGCACUUGGAGGACACAUAGCAUAUUCAAGCUACAAUCCACAAAAAAAUGACUGUGAAAAGGAUUCUAUCAUAAUAGCUGCAGUGAACAGUUUAACAUCUAUGUAUGCUUCAAUCUCCAUUUUUUCAAUUCUUGGGUUCAAAGCAACAAUGAACUACAGGGACUGUUUGGAUAGAAAUAUUGCAGCACUCACAACAGCAUUUAAUUUGACGAACCAAAGCAUUUCAAGAGAGAACUAUACAGUCUGGCUUGAGUCUCUGAGUAAAAUUUCUCCACCAACAGUUUCUAAUCUCAAGCUGAAAAAAUGUGAUCUUCAACAUUUCCUUGAUCAGAGUGCUUCUGGACCUGGCCUGGCCUUUAUCGUAUUCACUGAAGUUGUACUGAAGAUGCCUGGAUCCCAAGCAUGGGCAAUUCUGUUUUUCAUCAUGCUCUUCACCCUGGGUCUGUCUUCUAUGUUUGGACUCAUUCAGGGCAUCUUGACUCCUUUCACAGAGUUUCCCAUUGUGUCAAAAUAUUUGCGCAAAGAAGCUUCUUGUGGUAUAAUAUGCUUUAUCUCAUUUUUGACGGGUCUCCUUUUUACUACGCGAUCAGGGAGCUACUGGCUUGAAGUGUUUGAUAGCUAUGGAGGAAGCAUACCAUUGCUGGUCAUUUCUUUCCUUGAAGUGUGCGGUGUUGUAUUUGUUUAUGGACUGAAAAGGUUCUGCAAUGACGUGGAAUGGAUGACUGGACGCCCAGUAAAUUUCUACUGGAAGGCAUCAUGGCAGUUUAUCAGCCCUGUACUAAUGCUUUCAGUCUUUUUGAGUUAUCUAUCUAUUCAGCAUCCAUCAACCUACAACACAUGGAAUCCAAGCUACGAAGGGUUUCCUUCAAAAGAGCCCAAAUUUUACCCCCGCUGGGUUUUAUUCAUCUGUGGCUUGCUUGUGCUCUUACCAUGCAUAUUUAUUCCAAUUGGAGCCAUUUGCCAAUUUAAGAACGUAAUGCUGAAAAGGAAGGAGAAGCAAGUCCUACAUCCAUCUGAAAGCACCGAAGGCAGCUGAUGCUCUAUGAUUCUAUCAUCUGAUUCCAGUAGUCCGCAGUAAACGAGAAGUCCAGGCUACCAACAUAAAAAGUAUAUUAAUUUAAGGCAAUCUAUGAGAAUUAAGAGUGUACAUUGUCUAUGUAAACUUCUGUAGAAUUCUUAGUGAAAGUAGUAAAGCAUUUCAAAUAAACGGCCUUUAUAUUAUAUUCUGCCACGCUAAAGGUUUUCAAGAAUUUAUUUUAUACAUUUUCCCCAUGUUCUUUAACUGAACAAAAGAAAAAGUAUAAUGAGAAAGAGAUAGGGAGGAGAAAAAACACAAUCAAGUAAGUAUAUUCAUACAAGCCAGUUCUUAAAUGACCCGUUGGGUAGAAAUUGAUCAAUGGCUGACGGAGUAAUUUUUGUGAGCACUUUCGGGGCAGGGCCAAAGAUCAAGUGUGGUUCCCUUUUUCCUCUGUGUUGCAAUUUGAGAGAAAGGCAAUGCCUGUCUUGCAAACUUCUCCUAAACCUGUUAAAGUAAGGUUGGGCACGAAAUGGGGUGGAAAAAUGUUUUGUCCCAAAUGCCAAACAAAAACACCCCUAUUCAAAUGUUUUGAACCUCCUGCUGAAGCAACACUCAAAACAUUUUGAGGGUUCUCCCAUGUGAAACAAUGGAAAUUCAAAAGAAGCUCUUGCUACCUCAUUUUUCAUUGUAGGGCCACAAAAAUAGGUGGCAUGGUACUCCUUGCUUAUACUGUCCACCAUCUAACCUAUGGGGCAAAAAUUAAAGUCUGAAUCUUUGCCAGAACUAUCUUCCCUAGACCCAGGGAACAUAUCAAUUAUCUGUAAAAAGAAGAACAGAUCAGCAUAGAUUUGAAUUGAACUUUAUAUAGCAAUCUAGCCAGAGCUACAUCAAUUACUUUCAUAUGGAUUACUUAGUACUAGAGACUGCUCAUUACCAAGAACGGUACAAUAAACACCAAUAGAACUCUUCAUCUUCUUUAGCAGUUAGCCUGGCAACGGAGCUCCCUAUUAUGUCAGCAAAGUACAGGGAAAGAGGAUAAUGUUUUUCUGAUGUAGGCUUAAUGUCUGCAAUAAAACUACAGCUGUAUCUUGAAUCCGUAUGCUUGAGUGCAUAGCCUAAUCUCAGAUUUAUCUAGCAUUCUCCCAUACAUGUUUGAGAGUUAAGGACACAAGGCAAGCUCUCUUGGGGAUAAGCCAUCUGCAAUGUAAUAGCAGGGUUAUAUUGAAUCAAACAUAUAAACAAUGAAGUAUGUUAGGAAAGGUCAGGAUGAUUCAACAGAAUUUAAGGGAAGCAACUUGGUUUUAUAACCGAUCAUUAUAAAAAUACUAUAUAACACCUAGCAUUAUUCUGAUCAGGCUUUAGAGGAUAGAAUAUAGUUUUUGACAACCAUAAAUUACACUUUAGGCACAGCAUCAGGAGAGACAGCUGGCUCACCACUCCUGGAUUACAUUAAUUUUUUCUUAUUUAAAAAAAACAAAAACAAACACCACCAGAAUUUCAAAUUAGACACAUUUUUUAUUGCCUUGUGAAAAAAUACUUUUUGAUUUACUGAGCUUAAGUAGAGCUGAUGUGAAAACUAUUGCCUAAAUUGUCUUAAUCUCUCAAUGAUUCACAAAAUUAAGUAUACAUCCCCUUUUGGACAAGACAGUUGUGCUGUAAUUUACUUAUCAAGAAUUCUUUACAAUUCACUGACAAUGUGACUAUAAUCACAUUGCACAAACUUGACUAGAUGAGGUAAGGCAAAGCUUUAAAAAGAUAACUUGUUACAUUCCAGUUCCUUUGUAGAAAAAGUCUCAAGUGAACACAUGGACAGAAAAAUUAAGCAAGUAGAAG